AUGGCGCCCAACCCGCCAGGCAGCUCCGCCGAGCGGCCGUACCACGCUGCUGCUGCUGCCAACGGCAAGGCCAUCGUCGCGGGCAAGCCUCCUGGACCCGCCCGGAGGGACACGGGACAUACAAGAGAGAGAGCUCUGCAGGACCCGGGGCUCAAGGACUAUCGUCUUGGAGAUUGCAUCGGCAAGGGAGCCUUCGGCUCCGUCUACAAGGCCUUCAAUUGGGGCACCGGCGAGGCGGUUGCCGUGAAGCAGAUCAAGCUCGCAGACUUGCCUAAGAGCGAGCUGCGAAUGAUUGAGGCCGAGAUUGAUCUCCUCAAGAAUCUCCAUCACGACAAUAUUGUCAAGUACAUCGGCUUCGUGAAGUCUGCAGACUGCCUAAACAUCAUCCUAGAAUAUUGCGAGAAUGGCUCUCUCCACUCCAUUUGCAAAGCCUAUGGCAAGUUCCCCGAGAAUCUCGUGGGCGUAUACAUGACCCAGGUGCUUCAGGGUCUGCAUUACCUACACGACCAGGGUGUGAUCCACAGGGACAUCAAGGGCGCAAACAUAUUGACAACCAAGGAUGGCACUGUCAAACUGGCCGACUUUGGCGUCUCGACAAGCACCCUUUCUGGCCCAGACAAGGAGGCUCAAGUGGUGGGAACUCCGUACUGGAUGGCCCCAGAGAUCAUCCAGCUUUCCGGUGCAACUUCAGCCUCAGAUAUUUGGAGUGUGGGCUGCACAGUUAUUGAACUGCUGCAAGGGAGGCCCCCCUAUCACAACUUGGCCGCGAUGCCUGCUCUAUUUGCCAUUGUCAAUGAUGACCACCCGCCCCUGCCUGAGGGUGUCUCUCCAGCCGCACGCGAUUUCUUGAUGCAAUGUUUCCAAAAGGAUCCGAAUCUUCGAGUCUCGGCCAGGAAGCUCCUGAAGCACGCGUGGAUCGUAGGCAGUAGAAGAAGCGACGCCCCUGUUGCUAAAGCCCCAUCGAACUUCAGCCAAGCAGUAGAGGAGGUGAAACAGUGGAACAAAGCCCUGAAGUCGUCCGAGAAUAACCUCAGAGCUUCUACUGGAUCCGAUAACAGCGGUCCCCCUCUGCAAGGGCACCCUUACAGCCGCUUUAAUCCACCUUCAACCACCCCAGCAAAGGGACCCCUUGUCCUAGCGAAACCGAGACCUACGGCCGAGGCUUUCAGGUCUCCUGAAUUGGCUGAUGAUGACAAUUGGGACAAUGACUUCGCAACAACAAUAUCACCCAGCGCACUUCAUCUUCCCCAUGUCAAAGGGCAGGACAAUUUCGGGGGUCUCCUCUCAGCUGACCGUCUGAAGGCAUUUGCCUCCAUUGACGACUCCCGGCAUCAUUUGGAGAGUUGGGAUGACAGCUUCGAAGGCGAGCUCUUGACUAUCAAGGGCCCACGAGACUUGUCUGAGGUGGACAUUCAGGAACAGACCAUCCGGCCUCUUCAAAAGAAGACGGACAAGGCAGCAGAUCCAAAGACGCAGCAGGCUCAUAGACGCCAGCGGAGCAAGCCUUCCUCUAGCCAUGGACCUUCCCAGACAAAGUCACCCGUCAAAGCCCACUUUGGUGGGAAGUUUGAGCUUCCACCCCGUCCUGAUCUUAUCUACAGAGAGCAGUCUAUUGAGGACUACUCGGAUCUUCUCGCUGACAACGACAAUGUCUUCCACAGCAGAUUGAGCCCUGUUGUCAAGGACACCCCUCAGCUCUUCCAUCCCUCCGACCUCACCAGCUUGCCGCGAUCCAUGCAGUCUCCUGCCGGUGGAAGCAUGAGAAGGCAGGCGACAUCUCGGCCCUCGGUCUUGCCAGAUCGUCCGAUGAAAAGAGCCAGAUCGACCGUCGAGAUCCAAAGGUUUGCCGAGGAUGAGGGCGACGAGGACUUCUCCGACAUUUUCGGCGCGGAAGACGGCUUUACGGAGAAGGAAGAGAGUGACCGCGGUUCCGAGGACGGCAACCUCAUGCUUCUCUCGAAGCUCUCCAACAACUCUUGGCUAGGAGACGACGAAGACGAGGACGAUCCCUUCGCUAUGAUGGACCCCGGCUGGGACGACAUGGAUCUCGAGGCCAACAUUGCGAGGGAUAGGCACGCAAGAUUGGCCGAGAAGGUGGAAGAGCUGGUGAGGUCAUUAAAGACUACUGAAGGGGAUGACAAACUGUCGAUCCUGUCGGAAGACUUGCUCAAUCUCCUGUGGGAAAGCAACGAAGUCAAGGAUCUGAUUAUUACUGCCCAUGGUCUGCUGCCGAUAUUGGAGAUUCUUGAGCCGUGUACAGUGAAGAGUCGCCAACACAUGAUCCUGCAACUCCUGAAGAUUGUCAAUGCCAUCAUUCUUGAUGAUGUCGAGCUGCAGGAGAACCUAUGCUUCGUUGGCGGCAUCCCUAUCAUCACCAAGUUUGCCGCCAGACAGUACUCUAACGAGAUCCGCCUCGAGGCGGCGGCUUUUGUCCGGCAGAUGUACCAGACAUCUACACUGACACUCCAGAUGUUUGUUAGCGCCGGAGGUUUGAAUGUGUUGGUGGAGUUCCUGGACGAAGACUACGAUUCCUCCCAAGGUUUGGUCCUCAUUGGAGUCAACGGGAUCUGGAACGUUUUCGAGCUCCAGGGGCCGACUCCGAAGAACGACUUCUGUCGAAUCUUCUCGCGGAGCAAAAUCCUGGAUCCGCUAGCGACCGUCCUCCAUAAAGUCUUAGAUGAAGACGACAAGAACGAGUUAUCGGAACUCAUUGAGGGGCGGAUCGUGAACAUUUUCUAUCUCUUCUCACAGGCGGAGAACUACGUCAAGGAGGUCGUGGCUGAUCGACAGGUCCUCAAGACCGUGCUCCGGGACCUCAGACGGAUGACUCCAGCACAUCAGAUCACCAUGCUGAAGUUCAUCAAGAAUCUGUCCAUGCUCUCAACAACUCUCGAGUCGUUGCACUCGGCCGAUGCCAUCGACUUCCUGAUCGACAUCCUUAGCCAUUCAAUGAAGCGUGGGCAGCAGCAGUUCCGCGAAAUCUCCAACCAGGUACUGAACACUAUGUUUAACCUCUGUCGCCUCAGCAAGGAGCGGCAGGAGUAUGCUGCUGGCAACGGCAUUAUCCCGCUCCUACUCAAGAUACUCAAAACAGACCGGCCGCCGAAGGAGUUUGUCCUGCCCAUCCUUUGCGACAUGGCGCAUUCUGGGAAGAAGGGUAGGCGUUAUCUCUGGCAGAACACCGGCCUGGACUUCUACGUCUCUCUGCUUGCGGACCAGUACUGGCAGGUCACAGCGCUGGAUGCCAUCUUUGUUUGGCUCCAGGAGGAAACCGCAAAAGUUGAGAGCCACUUGCUCAACGGCAAGUUUACGGCGGCAAUUACAUCCUGCUUUGCCUCUACGAAAAUUAACGCAUUCGAUUCGAACCUCCUCGAGCCGCUCCUCAAGGUUCUCCGCCUUAGCCCGGCAUUGGCAGCUUCUCUUUCCAAGCCGGACAUGUACGCCGGAAUCGCCCAGAAGCUGGGCCACAAGAAGGCGAUUGUGCGGCUGAACCUCCUUCGGCUCGUCCGCAACAUCAUGGACGGUUGUGAGGCAGAUGGCGUGUCUAUAGCCGCUGCUAGGACUUCCAGCGCCGGGCGGCAGCUUCGUGUCCUCUUCGACGCCAUCCAGACCCUGGCAGAUAAGGAUUCGGCAGUGCUGGUACGAAACCUGGCCUCUGAGCUUGUACGGAGCCACAUCGAUGUCGAGCUCCAGCACGACACAAUGGCGCUCGGUUCGCUCGGCCUCGGCGGCGGGAGCAGGCCAAGCUCCAACGCCGGCUCGGGUCCCCGUUCGCGCUCCGGCCCCAGACGGUCGAGCUACACACCCCCAAGCCUGCACUCCAGCGUCUCGAUGCCCCCGACCCCGACCCACUCGCGCCCGUACCACCGGCCGUCCCAGUCGUCGGCCUUCAUCGAGGUCGCAGCCACGCCGAGGCGGGGGACCAUCGGCAUCGGACUCGGCCAUCACGAGCGCGACGCGGCCCUGUACCGGCCGCGCAGCACGACGGACGGGCCGGGCAUCCCCAGGCGAGUCAGCGGGGAGGUAGGCGGCGGCACCUCGACGUCGUCGUUCACCGGGUCGGUGGCGGCGAACGGGUCCGCGCCGCCGUCGUCGUCUAAGAGUAGCAGUAGUAGCAGGCUCCCGCGCACCUCCUCAACGACGCACUACGGGCGGCCGAGCCUCUCGGGCGGCGGCGUGGCGGUCGUCCGGAGCGAGAGCUCGCUGAGCAACAAGGAGAAUGUCGUGGGGCGCGCUGCUGCCGCUGCCGCAGCCGGGGGAGUGGGCGCCAUGUCGUCGUCGUCGUCUUCGGCCGCAGGGCCGGGCCCGUCCGGCCCGGUGGCUGGCCUCAGGAGUCGAGAGGCUUCGAUCAGUGGCGGGGGUGGUAGUAAGCGGAGGGCCAGGGCGCCGAGCUCAGAUGUUCGUUGGUCUUAG